GUCAAUCGGCCCGAGAAAUUCCGGUGCCUGAACACCCUAGGGCCUAGACAGCUGCACCCGGCGGCGGCGGCGGCCAAACUCUGAGACCCAUUCCUCGCGGCCCGUGCUACUGCCUACUGCAAAUGGAGGCCACGGCCGACGCCGGCGAACAUGUCGCCGGCGGCCAAGAAGACCAGCAGCCGGCCAAGACCCUGGUGGACUGGGCGCUGGAGAUCCUCCUCACGGCUGACCCCGACAAGAAGGCCCGCCUGGGGGACCUUGCCGCGUCGCGGUGGCUGCGCGGCGACAUCCCGCUCCCCUACGACCCGUCCCGUCCCGCGCGCCCGCCGCCAGACCGCCCCGCCCGGAGCGCCGCGGUGCGGCUGCUCCCGCCGUCGCGGGCGCCGAAGCUGGGCAAGGGAGGCAGCGCGCAGAGCCGGCUGGCGAUGCUGCACUCGCUGGCGCACACCGAGAGCUGGGCGGUCGACCUCUCCUGGGACAUCGUCGCCCGCUUCGGAGCGCAGAUGCAGAUGCCCCGUGAGUUCUUUGACGACUUCGUGCGCGUCGCGCAGGACGAGGGCCAGCACUACACCGUGCUCUCCGCGCGGCUGCGGGAGCUGGGCUCGCACUAUGGCGCGCUCCCGGCCCACGACGGGCUCUGGGACUCGGCGAUGCGCACCUCACACUGCCUCCUCGCGCGCCUCGCUGUCGAGCACUGCGUCCACGAGGCUAGGGGAUUAGAUGUCCUGCCAACCACCAUAUCAAGAUUCCGUGCAGGCGGGGAUGAACAAACAGCCAAAAUACUGGAAGAUGUUAUUUAUCCUGAAGAGAUAACACAUUGCGCGGCUGGAGUUAGAUGGUUCAGAUACAUGUGCCUCCGGUCCCAACAUGAUGAUCCCAUUGCGGAUUCAGUUCCACAGUCUGAACCCCAUUGCUCUGAGCUUCCAGGAGAUGGUACCCCUGAUGCUAAGACAGUUCAAGUGGUGGAAGAUGAACUGGCAUUCAGCCUGACACAUGGGAUUAACAGCGACGUUAACACGGACGAAGAUGUGGAAGAUGAACGGAUGUCCAAGGUUGCACAAGGCGUUAAUGCUCUUGAUAAGAUGGUCCAAGAAGUGGAGGAUGGAUUGGCAAAGUGUAAACUAGGCGACAAAGUAGAGGAGGACGAAGCAGCAGUCAUUAGUACCUUCCAUAGGAUUGUUAGAGAAUAUUUCAGGGGACCUCUGAAGCCCCCUUUUAACAGGGAGGCGAGGAAAGCCGCCGGCUUCGAGCCUGCCUGGUAUGAACCCCUGGCAGUUAAGGAGGUAUAUGAACCCCUGGCAGUGACUGAGGCAUAUGCAGAGGGAGAGACAAUUGAGUGACGAAUUCUACUGUUGUACUAGUAUUUGUGCUAUGUAGCAGGGCUAGAAGACAAAUAGAUACGGGGAUGUUUCAGUUUCCUUUCUUUAGCAGAGAGACGGUGGUGUGCUUUUUUAUCAUGGUUGUUUAGCAUGGUCAAGUUUACUGAACUGUGGAACAGACCAACCAAACUGAAGAAUGUUUUACAUCAACUUUUCACUU